GAAGACACACAAACCUCGAGGAUUGUGGAUGAGGCAGGCUCAGCACCAUUAGACUUGAAGAUGGCCCCUUUUCAGAGCAAUAAGGAUCUGAUCGCUACAGGGAUAAAGGAGUUUAAUGUUCUGCUGGAUCAGCAGGUCUUUGAUGAUCCUCUUAUCUCUGAAGAAGACAUGGUGAUUGUGGUUCAUGACUGGGUGAACUUGUACACCAACUAUUACAAGAAGCUCAUGCUUGGGGGGCAGGAGGAGCAAGACAGGGCGCUGACAGAAUUCCAGCAAGAGCUGAGUACUCUGGGCAGCCAGUUUCUAGCCAAAUACAGGACCUUUCUGAAGUCCAAAGAGCCCCCAAGCAGUACACUGCCAUCCUCAUAGCUUAAAGACUCUGGGCAUCAUGUCUUAGAACCCCAAACUCUUGGCUCUGUGUUAUAUCUUCAGACCGUUCUCCCAAGAUGUUGCUGUACUUUGACAUGCCAAUAAAGACCAAUACUCA